GUGGCUACUGGUCUGAGGAGUGACCAGCGGGGAAAUACAUUCGGUGGAAGCCGCUGCGCGAGGCACGGCGGGAAGAGAGGCGGGAGGCCGCGCGGGGCAUCCCGGCAGCAAGGGCCGGGCCGGGCAUUGGCGCGGAGCAUUGUGGGAGGUGGACGCCGCUCCGGGGCGGGUAGGCGCCCCAGGAUGGAGCCCCCACCCGGCACGGCGGCGGGGCAGGAGGAGCAGGAGCUGCGGGAGAGGGCUUUCUUCUCGUGGGCCGAGUUCAGCCGCUUCUUCGACGCGUGGUGCCAGCAGCGUCUGGCCCUCUUCUUCGUUAAGAGCUCCAUGCACCUAGCGCGCUGCCGCUGGGCCAGCGCGCCCCCGCUCUACACGCUCAUCGACGUGCUCAAGUACAGCUACGUGCGGCUGGUGUGCAAGGACGUGCGCGCGCCCAGCCGGCCCGCCGUGGGGCCCCCCCAGCCCGGCUGCCCGGCCUUCAUCAUCGUCAAGCUGAGCCCGCUGCGGGACCGCCUCGUGGUGACGGAGUGCCAGCUGACCCACUCGCACCCGGCCUGCCCGCUCGAGUUCGCCUACUACUUCCGCCCGGGCCACCUGCUGGCCAACGCCUGCCUGCCGGUGCGCACCACCAACAAGAUCUCCAAGCAGUUCGUGGCCCCGGCCGACGUGCGCCGCCUGCUCUCCUACUGCAAGGGCCGCGACCACGGCGUCCUGGACGCCCUGCACGUGCUCGAGGGGCUCUUCCGCACCGACCCCGAGGCCAAGGUGAAGCUGGUGUUCGUGGAGGACCAGGCAGUGGUGGAGACCGUGUUCUUUCUGACGUCGCGCACGCGGGCGCUGCUGCGGUGGAUCAGAGGACUGGAGCCCAGAGACCGGGGAGGGGCUCAGGCAGAAAGCGAGAAGGGGAGGGGGUUGCAAGUUCGAGAUUGGAGAGGGCUCCAGUCGGAAAACCAGAAGACAAGAGGUCUAGAAGGGAAUGUCUGGAGAGGGUCCCAGUUGGAGAAGGAGCACUUGAGAGGUCCCGAAAUCAGAGACUGGAGGGGGAGUCCGUUGGAGGGUGAGAAAGAUGGCGGACUAGAAGGUUAUAUUUGGAGGGGGGCCCCGUUGGAGGCCCAGAGAUUGAGAGGAUUGGACGGGUACACUCGGAGGGUGGCCCAGUUGGAGGACCGAAGGGUUAGGGUGCUGGAGACUGCAGACGGGAGGGGGACCCCGCUUGAUUAUGAGAGGGCCGGGAGUCUGGACGGGAACACCUGGAGCCGGGCCCGGUUGCAAGAUGAGAGGGCGAGUGGACUGAAAGCCAGAGACUGGAAGGGGCCUCAGUGGGAAGCGGAGAAAGGAAGGGGGCUGGAGGUCCAAAACUGGAGGGGGAGCCAUAUGGAGAAGCCGGUGGAAUUAGCCCCUGAGAACGGAGACCAAAGGGGGCCCCAGUGGGGAGAUGGGAGGCAGAAAGGGCCAGAGACCAGAGAAGAGAGAGGAGUGAGGUUGGGUGUUAAAAGAAGGAGGGACCUGGGGGAUGUAGUUCUGGUCCAGCUGGGGGACCCGAGGGGGACAGGCCUGCAGAAUGGAGAUGGAGAGUGUGCCCGGUCUGGGGGCCCCCAAAGCAGAGGAAUGCAGGGGGCGGAGUGUGGAGACACUGGAGGGAGGUGUCUAGGGCUGGGGAAUGGAGUCCCCAGCGGCACCCCUAUGGGGACUGUGUUUGAGGGCGACCCAGAAUGGGCAAGGAUAAGGAGGAUGGACUUGGCAGCUGGGGAGAGCCUGCAGGAAGGAAGUGGAGAAGAAGGCCCAAGGGAACCAAAGAGGCCUUGCUGCCCCUCGGGAGAGGAGGAGGUGGACUGGGAGCCCCUGGCCAAGUUCCGAGCAGCCUGCGGACCAGAGCUGGCCGACCUGGUGGCGGAAGAGCUGGCCUUCGCCCGGCAGCACGGGACCCGUGGUUUCCACUGGAUGGGAGCCGGCUUUGCCCUGAAGGACGGCACCUCGGACUUCUUCCUGGAUGGAGCCCUGACACGCUGCAGCUGCUCCAUCCACGCCGCCCGCCGCCUGCCCUGCCGCCACCUCUUCGCCGCGCGCCUCCUCACCGGGGCGGCCUUAUUCCACAUGGACCUGCUCAGGGAUUGCUGGGGGAGAGCCCCGGAGCCCUGAGUCUCCCGGCCCCCGCCCGUCACCCUCCACUGUGAGGGCGGGAGGGCAUUCUUCGAUCCCAAAGAUAACAGGGCUGAUGCCAAGGAGGCCACCCCAGCCCCCCCGGCCAUCCCCUGUGUCAUCCAGGGACCUCAUCUUGGCAGUUUGCCUCUCUGGGUCCAAGGGGAAGCCGACGGUGUGGUCUCUGAGGUCCUGGAGCCGCAGCUGUGGGAGAUGGUGGUGGCCAGGGUGGAUCCCAAGGGCUUGCCUCAGGAGAGGAAAUGCGUGAUAAGGGACGUAGACAGGUCAGCCCAGGGCAGGAGGAAGAAGGGGAUAAACGUGGGGGAGGGGAGGACACCAGGAUGAGGGGACAGCCUGGCAGAGGUGGGAAAUAGCAAGGGGUAAUGAAGGAGAUGGUAAGGGGUGGAAGGACAAAGGGGCGACACACAUGGAGGAGAGAGGACAAGAAAAGAGGCAGAAAUAGGGAAGAAAUGGGGGCAGGCAGAGGAAGGCAGGAGAGGAGAGGGGGGCCAGGGAGGGGAGAAAGAGACAAGAAUGGUGGAGAGGGAAAGAAAAAGCAGCUGACAAAGGAAAGGUACAGGUGAUGGGGAAGGAAGAAAUGAGAGGGGAGUGAUUUUGGUAUUUCUGUAAGGCCUGGAGUCUUGGGUCCCCUUUGCCUUCAGGUUGUUCAUUCCCGGAAGAGGCAGAACGAGAGGGGGCACUGGGAGUCUGGUGGGAUGGGCUGGAGGCUCACCAGUGGGGAAGGGGAACUGUCUGGAAUAUAGUGGUGCAAGAUUGGAAUAAAACUAUUAUUUUGG